AUGGGUGGCCAUCUCGAUCCUAAGAAUGGAGUCUUCCUGGGCUGGUGGGGUGAUCUGGGAUGCCCUACUCCCCAGCGUGUCACCUCCUACUCCAUGUCCCCUAACCGCCAGCGCCCUCUUGCCGGUGCCGGUCACGCUGCCAUCUUCAACGUUUUCCGCAGAUUCAGACACCAGGUCCUCUACGUCGCUCCUCCCUUCAUUGCCGCCUACGCCAUCAUGAACUGGGCUGUUGAGAGGAACGAGUACCUCAACUCCAAGCCUGGCCGCCUCCUUGAGGGUGGUGACGAGUAA